UUUAUAAUUUAGUUAUUAAACUCAACUUUGAUGACAUAUAUAACAUUUAUGUUGGUAAUUUGAUGGUAGAAAGACUCCCGUCAGCCAAACAAAUUUUUUUUUAUACCUUCGUUAAAUCAAAAGUAACGACAUGAUGAAUUGUUUUUCUAUAUAAAAAGUAUUUGGUAAUUUAAUUGUGCAUAAAUAAAUCUAAGAGAACCCAAUGUGACACAUAAAUAUUUUAAUGAUAAUUUUUUAUAUUUAAACCAGAUCCUUUGCUUCAUCUUUGCUAUAAUGAGAGCAUAAGCAAGCUAUUAAGCAAGUUAACCAAUAAUUAACCACAGUCCACAGAACAAAUUUGGGGGGAAAUCUCCUCGCUAGUGCUUCCACGACAUAUUCGCUUUUCUAGUGUCUAAUUCAAAGGAAUCCCCUUCUCAUUUUUCUCCUGACUUCCAUCCUUAUCAACUGACAGUUACUCGCCGCUUCAUUCUUAACUCCGAAGCUAAACCUCCUUUGCCUCUUCUUCUCUUUGCUGCAUCAGUUCUUCCUCUAUCUCCGUUUCAUUCAUUUCCAAGCCUUUUCCUUUCCUCUGCAAUGACUGACUGGGGCCCGAUCUUGAUAGGAGUAGUCCUAUUCGUGCUACUCACACCAGGGCUUCUCUUCCAGCUACCAGGAAACAACAGGCAGCUCGAGUUUGGGAGCAUGAAGACCAAUGGCAAAUCGAUCGCCGUUCACACUCUCAUCUUCUUCACUCUGUAUGCUAUCUUUACCAUGGCUGUUCAUGUCCACAUCUAUACUGGUUGACACAAAUCUGGCCAUCUGGGGUUCUGGGUUUUGAGUAAAGAUCUGUGCUUUCCUCUCUUUUUUGGGGUAUGAUUAUUGAUAAAUUUGUUGGGGGUAGAAAAAAGUUGAAAAGGGUGCUGUCUUUAGUUUCUUCUUAUGUUGUUUGUAACCUCUAAUUUAUGGAUGGAUCGAUACUUGAUGAGUUGAAUAAAGCAAAUAUGAUGCAGAGAUCUUUCUCACAGUUGUUUCUCCUUUUUCAGUUUCUGUAUCAGAGUGUGUUCCCUUCACUUGCUCUUCGGGGUUGACUAAGGCUGAAGUUGGGAUCUUUGAGUUACUUGGAACUAUCAUUUUUUGAAGUCAGUUUAGUUCAAUUCUUGAGGAGUUCUUUCUGUUUAUGUGGGGACAAAUAUAGCAUAGAGAGAGCAAUACUGAAUCUGCAGCUAUUUGAGAAUUAGAGCCAAAACUUUUGCAGGCAUAUAGAGUGAAACAAGCACAAAUUAAGAUCUCUUAGGUUACUUUUAUGGGUCAUGAGAUAUGAGAUCUGCUAGUGCCAAGGGCCAUUAGCACCAAACUAAGUUAAAAUAUGAACAUCUUAGAUCCACAUAGACCCAAAAAUUUGCCGAGUGGGUAAAAAAGGCUGAGCAUUGUUAAGAGAGGCAGAGAGGGAGGAGGAGAGGUAGUUGACAUUAUUCUUAUAUUCCAAUUGUGAGGCCUGCCUUGUGAAAAAAACAAAAGGAAACUCAAAAGCCUGUUGCUUUGGACAAUUGCUGUUGUCUGUGAUAACUUAGCAGAAGAUGAAGGAAGAAGAAGCCCAUAACAAGAAACUGAAGAAGUAAUAAAACCUCUUGUUACAGAGCAAAAGAGAAGGUAACUUGUUUUUUCUUAAUCAAUUAAUAUGUACAUGGAUGCCAAUGGCGACUACCAAGAUGGUGAUGAUGCAGAAGUAAAUGAUGGCAUGGACCAGAAUGGCUAUCCCGCUCGUGCUGAGGUUCCCAAACUCCACCACCCUUGUUCUUGCAGGUAGCUGGAACAGGAGCCCGGGCGAUAGCAGGAUGAACAAAGCCACCGCCACAAUCACUGGUCCCCAAUCCGCACCCCCCAUGUUGGGGAUCCCUAAUAUGCCCGUCGUUGCUUGCUUCUCAAUCAACCUUGCAGAAGAAUGCUGCCUGAACCCUUCUAGGAACUGAGGAGAUGAACAGAAGUAAUGCGCCUUGCUUGGUGAUUAAGGAGGCUGUGGAGGGGAUGCGAAACUUAGUGUGAAAGCAGAGUGAAAAACAAUGGAGGGGGAAGGUAUAUGUGUGUAUGUAGAGAGAUUUUGUAGUGGGAUUCCUUUAAAGCAGCAAAAGAGAAAAAGGAUGAAACUUUAGUGUCUCAAUUACACCAGAUAUUGUUAAUUUGAAGACUGGCUUUCCUUCUUUGCUUCUUUGUGAUUGCUUUAGGAAUUGAUGGAGAAGGGUGGCUUUAUUAAAGGGAAUAUGGCUACAAAGAAAGAAAGAAGCCAGCUUGUGAAUUGUGCAGAGCAGCAGAGGUGUAAAGUUCAUCGUCCUGGAAGGUGUGAGUUUCUGAAUUUGCUUCAUUGUCUGGAAUUUUGUAGGGAUUUCUCAGUUUCCUCUUUGAAUUUUGAAUCUUUUUUCUGUGAGCAGGCUUAAAAGUCUUUAGCUUUGAAGGGUUCUAGUUCUUUUUGUAUAUGAAGGAGCCUGUUCUGUACUCCACUCCAAUCCAAUUGCUUCUCAUUUUCAAGUCAAAACUAGUCUGUAUAUGUCUUUCUGCCUGUAUCAUUUCUAGUGCGACACCUCUCUCUUGUGCCUGGCAAGGCCACGUCGAUGAUGCACCUCCGAUUCGUGACAUGCAAUACACCAUAUUCGUUUGUAAAUGGUUUACAAAUGUUAAUAAUGUACUUGAAAUUUAGGGUUAGGGUGUUGUAUACACAUACUCUCUGUUUAACGGAGGAAGCUCAAAUGCGACUUCUGCAAUAGCCCAAAAGAAGAAGAGCUGAACGCCAAUUGUAGUGGUCUUGGGUAGAAGCUUAUGGAACCAUUAUAUUGGACUUGGGCAAGCUGAAGCGGGCCUUGAUUCCUUCCAAGGCUCCAUUUUAAAUUCCGGGUUAGAAGUGUCAAAAUGGGUUGGGCUUUCGUUGAUCCACUAAGAACAUAGUUUGCACUUUGCAGUUGUAGUGGUACUGUAGGAAGUAGGAGGCUAGGAGCAUAGCUCCAGAAACCAAACCAUAGCCAUGUUUGGACUGAUGAAUGGAAACAAAGAGACAAAACCAGCAACCUCGGUUAUGUCAUUCUUAAUAGACAUCGUUACUUGCAUUCACAUCUCGGUAUGAAAGCUGGGCUUCGUACUUGUCGCAUGCCAAUAGAAUAGAAUAACAUCU